GUGGGUGCAAAAUUAAACAGUAGGCUACAGCAGUGUUUUCACUUUCAUAAACUCGUUUCACGGUUGUCGGACAAUGUGGCGCUGACGAGCCACUGUCGCUUUCGAUAUUGUUGAUAAAGAGCAUGUGAAGUGAGCUGCUGCUGGUUUUUAAUUCAGACAUGGAGGAACCUGCAUCUCACUCGGACGACAAACCCGCAUUGGAGGAUUGUUUUGAGAGGACUUUCUCGGCUUUGACCGUGGACAAUGUGUACGAGAUUGCCAAGCUGAUCGGCACCGAGUUGGAGAAGCUCAUCGACGGCUACGGCAAGGAAAGCGUCGUGGGUCUGGUGCCUAAAAUUGUGAAAGUGCUGGAGCUGCUGGAGAGCUUUGCGUCGAGGAACCACGCACACAAACUGCGGGAGGAAGAGCUGCUGAAGACCUUUGAGACGAUACAGCUGCAGCAGCAGAAGAAACGAGAAAGGAAAGAAGGAGGAGAGGAAAGCAAUGAUAAACAUGAAACACGGCAGGAGCUGCAGCAGAAGGAGCAGCAGUGGAGGAGGAGGUGUGAGGAGCUGCAGGUCCAGGUACAGCAGCUCCAGGAAGACCGGGAGGAGCUACAGAGCCGACUGAAAGGCAGCCAUGCACAUGAAGACCGAGUCCAGCGGCAGGAGCGAGAGGUGAUGCUGAAGCUGAAGGAGGUGGUGGACAAGCAGAGAGAUGAGCUGAGAGCCAAAGUCCAGGAGAUAACCACCAUCUCCAAAGAGGUGGAGGCGCUUCAGGAGCAGUUGGACCGCUUCAUGAAGAUGAACGCAGAGCUGCGACACAAGCAGAAUGUGAUGCAGGCCCAGCUGAAGAGCACCGUGGAGAGAAAGGCCGACAUGGAGGCUGACCUCAAAGAGAAGACCAAAGAAAUAGAAAACCUCCAAGCACAGCUGGACAAAACCAACAGCAACAGCCCCUCCUGUCCAAGUCAGACAGCUCGGGAGUCAACGAAAAAGCCAGCAGUUGAUCAGAAGGAUCCUGAUAUACCGUGCUUCACCAAGAAGGAGGUGCGCGACAUCAUUUUUGAGAGGAAUGAGCUUAAAACCAACCUCUUCCUGGUGCAGGAGGAGCUCAGCUAUUAUCAGAGGGAGAUCCUGAGUGAGGAGAGGUGUCCAGGCUUCCUUUUAGAAGCCGUGCGCUCUGCCAUCAAAAAACGGAGAACGCUCAUCAAGGCAAAGAUGCUUGGGAUUCCCGUGAAUGACUGCAGCAGUGACGAGGAAGACAAGAGCUCUCUGUAUGGGCAAACAGAAGUAGACGGCACGGAAGUAGAUGGUUCUGACAAACCGGCUGAAUCGCGCAUUCGAAACCUCUUUGGUUUCUUGACGCGGUCGGGCAACAGCCGGAGCCCCACUCACAUGAGCACCUCCAUCUCCAGCUGGGAGAUCCUCGGUGACUCGGAGGCCAAUGAGGAGCGGGAUCAGCGGCCAUCCUCCUGAGUCCGGGAUCGACCUGAGAGCGCUCGCUGUGAGAUUCUGCUAGUUGUGAUCCGAAACAAAACACUCUUCUUCCUGUAGUUGCACCUUCUGCCUCAGCUCAUGACAGAAACAUCUGUUGUAGCUCAGGAAAAAGUUACACUGACUAUUGAAAUCCCCAACAUCACCACACAUAAGCACUAUAAAAAAAGAGAAAGUGUGAAAGUUUGAAUGUUGAAACAAACUGACCUGUAUUUGACAUAAUUCCUUUCAUUUCCUCUUCUGGCUUAGUCUCCUUAUCUUUUCAAAGAGAACAUUCUUCAACUACAGCAUAUAGCAGCAGUAUUAAGAGUAAUACUUGGUACAAACUCUCAACUAGUCCGACUCAAGUAUUAAUACAACAAUAAUGUUACUCUCUAUUAUAGGGAAGGUUUUAUUGUUAGCCAUGUAAUUCUGGAAAAAUGGGUUUUUACUUAUAGAUAUUUAUAUAAAUCCUCAAAUGUUUUAAAACACCAAAGAUAUUGCAGAUAUUGUAUAUACUCUGGUAAAGUGGAAACUGUGUCUAUUAAGCACAUCUUUGUUCCACAAGAGGUUUAUUUUAUUUAAAAAAAAAAAAUCAACAUUUUACCACAAAGUCAUCAUGAAACUUUUACCUCAUGCUGGGGAUUUCUAAGAUGUGUUUUUACUCAUGUAUUGUUGAUGAUCUAAAGCACUUUUAUACUCUAGGAGAAAAAAAAACUUUUAGUCAUAUUAUUACGAAUCUCUUCCAUUUAAGCAGCGAGUGCAUUUUAACCCCAUAAGCCUUAACUUGCUGCUUGUAUUGUUAAAAAUAUAAUAAUUUCUUAAUUUUCAGUCAUCAUUAACUGGUGUGUAUUUUUUUUUAACUGGUGGUGCCAUACAUGUGUGUGUGUGUUUAUGUCGGCACGCGGGUUCUGUUGGUUACUUAAAAAAGGAAGUUAUGUGCUUCCCUGUGGAAAUGAGAAAGUGAGUUGUUGUUUUUUUUUUAAAAUCCCCACCACGUUUAUCUGACAAAUGAUCAUCAAGUCUCCACAUUUUCUGAGUGACCCCUCUGUUCCCCCUAAAUGUCUGAUCAUAGCACUACUCAGACGGCUGGUAUUGUAUUCGUUAAGAGAGGCAAUAUGUGACCCUCCAAUCAGAACAUCUCCUACGAUAUGUUUGCAAUCAUAAAUAUUUUUGUAAGCAUGUUUUUAAUGGAAAGUUUUAUGAACAUUUUUGAUGACAAAACAGAUUUAAGAUGCCAUGUGAGUGGAUUUUACUGAAAGUGUGAUAGAAACACAAAAUGUGGACUUUCUGUAACACUGAUAUUCAAUAAAAUCCUUUAAAC